AUGGCCCACCGUCUGCUGCUUCCGCUGCCUUCUGCCUUUUCUCCGCCAGACAGUGACGUGGAGGCCUACGGCGUCUUUGGCUACGACGCUCACGCCGCAGCUGAGCAGCAUCCGCGGCUACAGGCCUACAUUGACCGGCUUGCGGCCUUUCUCUGCAGAACGCGUCUUAUUCAGUACCACCCUGAGAACUUUUUCCGCAUACUAUUCCUUCAUGAAGAGCGAGAGCCCACUGCCAAUGCGGCGGAGCGGUUGGCGCACCUGGACGGCAGCGCCGUGCGGGAUGAGGAGGUGGCGUACAUGCGGGGCCUUUGCGAGGCCUUCUCAACGCUGGUCUCAGACGAUAACACACUGUUAGGUGAGUUACACUCCAUCAUUCAUGACGGCCCGCCAGCAGGGGCUGCGGCGAGCCUGCACGAGUUUUUUUUGGAAACAAAGGCACUGCAGCUGAAUCGGCAGCGACGCCUGGGGAAUGAUGCGGCGAGUCUGACGCUGCGCACCGCGCAGGAGGUGUCUGUUGCGGCAACCUCGUUGGCGUCGUCGCAUGCCGGGCACGUGGAUGCAGAUGCGAGAGAGCAGCAUCGUCGUGCUCGGGUAAUGGAGGCGGUGCUGGGGCACGGCAUGGGGACGAAGAAGCAGCACGAAGUGAGUGUGAUGCGGGAGACGAUUGUGGACCUCGUCAAGUGCUGCAAUUCCGCCCCGAGUGACGCUGGAGCGCCGCCGCUGGAGCCGGUGGAAACCGUUUUUAAUGUCGGUGAAGGCAAAGGCUACGUCUCACGCGCCCUCGCGUUGUGUGAUGGGCUGCAGGUGAUUGGGCUCGACUGCAACCCCGCACACAAGGAGCGGGCGGUGGAGCGGGUGGAGUUUCUGCUGCAGGGGCGACUUCGCGUGGACGCGGCGCAGGGGGCCUCCGCGGGCCGCGAGAUGCUCAACUUGAUGUACGAACCACGUGGUCACAUGGCGACGGUUGCCUGCCGGGUCGGGCCCCGCAUGAACUGGGCGGAGGUGCUGCGGGGCCACGUCCGCCUCUCCCACGAGACGCCCUCGGAUGCGGCGGCACCGCGAACCGCAAGCGCCGUCGACGGGAGUGCGAAGCUUCAGUGCCGCAUCUGCCCUUUCAUCGCACGACGCGGGGCCGCCAUGGCGAUCAUGCGACACGCACGGCGCCACCUCGACACCGACGACGCGACGGUGCUGGCGGGGCUGCCGUCGAAGGAAACCGUGGAGGUGUGGAACCACGCACUCUCGGUGGAGGCCUUUAACGAAAAGGUCAUCGCCGCCUUCUUUACGGACGAGGUGCUUUACACGUCCAAGGCGGCCGCGGAAGACACGACGUCGGCGAAGCGAAGUCGCGUUGCGUCGGAAAAGGGCUGCUUGUCGGGCGAGGCGCCACGGGGCAAGUUACGCGAUGCCUUGAGCACGUAUGAGUGCCUAACGAACCUGCAGUUGCCGCGUGGCACGCGUGCGGAGGUGCUUCUACCCGUCCAGCGGCGGAAGCAGCAGCCCCCGGUGACGCCCCCGCAACAGCACGAAGAGGAGGGGGAAGAAAAAGAACAACCGCUGGUGGUGGAAGGGGCUGUGGAGGGUGCAGGUGCCUCAGACGCCGCCGUGCACCGGUACGUGCAGACGUCCCUCACCGUCGUUGGCUACGAUCACGCCGCCAAUCGCCACUUUGUCAUCAGGGACGAUGGGAGCCUAAAGGAGGCCGUGACGCUGCUGGGGUGUUGUCGUGGCCCACAGCGGGAAGAUGGAGACUCCGUUGAGGCACUCCGCCUUCCGCCUGCGGCAGACGCGUGGGAGAUGAAGUUGGCCGUGGUGCUGCGCGUGGUGCCGCCGGUUUCCCCACGCAUGCCCGCUGUCCACGUACCAGACCUGCGCAACGUUGUCAUGAUCGGACUUCACCCCUGCGGCGACCUGGGCUCCAGCGUGUGCCGCCUCUUCGCGGAGAGCGCGUCGCGCGGGCUGCUGCUUGUGAGUUGCUGCUGGCACGCGAUUACGCAUGACGGGUUUCCGCUCAGUCGUGAGCUGCGAGGGCGCGGGUGGCAAACGGAGCACCUCUCGCUCCUCCUCGCCACCCAGCCGUUUGAUAUGUGGUCCACCGUCUCCACCGGCGGCCAUCGCGCCUCCGUCUGUGCGCUUUUUUACCGUAGUCUCCUGAAACUCUUCUGGAGACGCCUGCGGGAACGCUGGCACCGUGCCUCGGCCGCGUCGGCGCCGGCGCCGGCGGUGCCGUGUUGCCCAUUCGCUGAGGCGCCGCACUUGGAGCCGGCGUUUUUGCGCCGAAUUGCCAAAAUACGAAGCACCAUAACGAUGGAGGCGCUCUACGUGGAGGUGUGCCGCGAGUACUUCCCAGGCGAAGCCGCGACGGCGCGGGGGACGCACGCCACACUGCAGCAACACGUCUGCUCUUCCUGCCGCGAGGCACAAAGUGCCUUUUUGGCCUCCGACACGAACGUGGCAGCGGCGGCCGAAAUCGGACGGGAGUUCUUCGCGGCCUACUUUGCCCCGUUUCUCGGCAUGACGGUGCUGCGGAUGUGGAUGUGUCAUCUUGUCGAGGCGCUGCUGUUGCUGGACCGAGCCCUCUUUUUAUCCGAGGCGCUGCGGCGGGAUCCACGCUGCCGUGGCUCUGUUGUGUCGCUCGUGCCGCUCUUUGACGGCGCCGUCUCGCCGCGGAUGUACGGCGUACUGGCCCGCCGCAUCCCUGCGUAG